AUGGGAAACCACACCCACAGCCUGGGGAUGACGAGUGCUUCGCUUCUCCACCACAAGCAACGGCCAGGAAGAUGCCAAGGUGUUGGCUUGCCACUUCAUCACGGGGGAGACUUUGGGGACUUUUAUUCCGUUAGACGGGGACGCUGUGGGACUUCCAGACCACGAGUGGAGCGGAGUGUGGCGGAAUUGGCGGUCGUCACACAAAAGCACGGUUUUGAUGUAGGUUUGAGCCGCACCCUUGUCCUUAAGCACGAACAGGACGCCACCGCCUUAUUCAUAUCAACCCGUAUACUUCCAAACGCUUAUCUCAUUUCGGGGAACAUGUUAAAGAUUAUUCUGCUACAGCACGCACUGGCAGAGAGGAGUUAUGGUGUGGGUAACAGUGUACAGGGCAACACGAAUCAGAGUGGCAAUUUUUCAGCUGCAUCCGUGGCCGCCGUCCACGCUGGCGCUGGCGCUGGCGCUGAGUCUGGGGUAACGAACUUUGUGGCGUUUGUCUCGUCUGGUGAAUCAGUUGACGAACACACCAGUGAGACAACGACUCAGCCCAUCAGCACCACAUGGGAAGAUAGUUUGGGAGUGGGGAUGCGUGGGAAGGGCACGGUUAACACAAAUCACGUAAUGGUAAAGUGUAUGUUUGUCGUCUUUAACGAGCAAACAACUCUGUCGUCUGAGGUGGCUGUGCUUCAGCGUCGGGAAACGACUACAAGGGACUGCUUGGACGAGAGUGAGCCAACUAUUGCCUGUUUGACGGCAAGUAGCAUCUUUAUUUACCAAAAAACGGAUCGUUCGCGAUGUAAAAAAGGUGUAAAAAUGUGUCUGGACUGA